UGCCAAACGAAGGACAGAAGCUUUCUUAACUUCUCCCCCGCUCUUUCUCUGAUUCUCUUCUUAUCUAACUACCACAGUUGACAGCAAAAUUUAAUCUACUAGCUUAGGCAUCCGCUAUUUUUUCUUUUCUCCUUUUUCCCUUGGCAACACUCCUGUACUUACACGGUUGCUUAAGAGACAGAAAUUCAGGAGGUGAGACCUUUUGUAAAUAAAAUGCAAUGAAGGCAAAAGCAUCACCUGUUGAAUUUUUGCUCCUUGUGCAGUACUUAAAGGCGCAGGAGCCCUGCCAGAAGGAAAAGAAAAUGCAACCCUACUCCGUUUCGCAUAUCAUGCCCUUCCCUUGUUGCUUUUGUAUAUCCCUUUUGUGUUUUAUCUCUGGCACUGUAUUCUUCAGUUUUUUAUUUUUCUCCUUUGAUUGCAGAUGGUUCUGAUCCCUUCAGCAACAAUGGAUGAAGCAGGACCUGAUGCUUCUGAGAAGCUUAUAGUCAUCCACUCAAAGGUUCACAGAGAUACUAUUCUGGCUAACUUUGAAGACCAGAGAAGAAAAGAUUUUUUGUGUGAUAUCACUUUAAUUGUAGAAGAUGUUCACUUUAGAGCACACAAAGCUUUACUUGCUGCCAGCAGUGAAUAUUUUUCCAUGAUGUUUGUGGAUGAGGGAGAAAUAGGCCAGUCUAUCUAUAUGCUGGAAGGGAUGGUGGCAGAUGCUUUUGGUGCACUGUUGGAAUUUAUUUACACGGGCUAUCUCCAAGCUAGUGAAAAAAGUACAGAGCAAAUUUUAGCCACUGCUCAUCUCCUUCAAGUAAAUGACUUAGUAAAGGCAUACAAGGAACAACAGCCAAAUUGUGGUUUGAAUACUACGUUACCCACCAUUCCUAAUGCUGAAACCACAAUACCUGUAUUGACAAACAAGAAAAGUGAAGAUCCACCAAAACGAAAACGUGGAAGGCCAAGAAAAGUGAAGAACACUCCAGAGGAAAAACUGGGGACAUCUACUGAAGAUGCACAAUUAAAAGAAAACAACUCAGUUCAUAAUGAGCAAAAUUUUAUAAAGAAAGAUUCUGUGGCAGAAGACAGAAAUUCCAAUGAGCGGAUUCCUGUAAGUGGAGAAUCAGGGGAAACUGAACAUGCCUGUAGUUCAGAUGCUGUGGUGAACAUCUCCACAGAAAAAGAUGAAAACUAUGACCCUAAAAGCCAAAGUACACAGCCCAGUCAGAGUCGUUACAGCAAACGCAGGAUACGGCGGUCAAUCAAGCUAAGAGAUUAUAAACUUAUUGGUGAUGAAGAAGAUGGUGGACUAAAAAAGAGGACUAAUGGGAGGAGAAAACGUGCCAGUUCUGAGGUUGAAUGUAAAGACUGUGGUAAACUUUUUAAAUAUAAUCAUUUUUUAGCUAUUCAUCGAAGAAGUCAUACAGGGGAGCGCCCAUUUAAGUGCAGUGAAUGUGGUAAAGGCUUUUCCCAGAAACAUUCUCUUCAAGUUCAUGAGCGGAUGCAUACCGGAGAACGGCCAUACACUUGUACUGUUUGCAAUAAGGCUUUAACAACAAAACACUCACUCCUGGAACACAUGAGCCUCCAUACAGGACAGAAGGCUUUUACCUGUGAUCAGUGUGGAAAAUAUUUCAGCCAGAAAAGACAACUUAAGAGUCAUUACAGAGUUCACACAGGCCUUUCAUUACCAGAAUGUAACCAGUGUCAUCGUAAAUUCAUGGACGCAGCUCAAUUGAAGAAACAUUUAAGAACACAUACAGGUGAAAAACCAUUUACGUGUGAAAUCUGUGGCAAGUCUUUCACAGCAAAGAGCUCUCUUCAGACUCACAUCAGAAUCCACAGAGGAGAAAAGCCAUACACAUGUAACAUUUGUGGAAAAUCCUUUUCUGAUUCCAGCGCCAAGAGAAGACACUGUAUCUUACACACUGGCAAAAAGCCUUUCUCUUGCUCAGAGUGCAAUGUGCAGUUUGCACGCCUAGACAACUUGAAAUCUCAUUUAAAGAUUCACAUCAAAGAAAAGCAGUUACAGGAAGCGACUACUGCUCCCAACAGCAGCAGUCCAGAGGAAGUAAGAAACAUUCUUCAGUUGCAGCAAUAUCAGCUCUCUGCCUCUGGGGCCCAGGAGAUCCAGCUGCUGGUUACAGAUUCUGUGCACAAUAUAAACUUUGUGCCUAGCCAUAACCAAGGUAUUAGUGUUGUCACUGCUGAUGGUUCCCAAAGUGUGAUGACAGACCAUGCAGGCAGCCUUACCCUUCUCACUCAGCCGCCCCAGCAGUUGCAGAGCUUGCUUCUUUCUGCCCAGCCAGAACCGACAGAUCAGAUUCAGAAUAUCAAUAUAGUAAGCAGUCAAAUGGAGCCUGCACAGGCUGAGCAAAUGCAAGUCAUCACACUCUCAAAAGAGGCCUUGGAACACCUCCAUGCCAAUCAGAGCCAAGCAGAAGUGCUUCAGAUAGCGACAGGAGCGUCACACCCAACCCAACACCUGCAGGUGGCCCAAGAACCAAGCCAGCAGUUUCACAUCAGCCAAGAUACAGGCCUACCUCCUCAAAUCAACAAAGGACAGACCCAGGCUGUACAUGUUUCUGAAUCACCCAAACAGUCUCUGUCUAUAGAGCAACCAUCUGGUGACCAUCAUAUUGAGAGGCAGACUUUUUAAAAUACAGGCUCAUUUGCUUCUUAGAUACUUAUCAAACAGGGAAAUCAUGUCUUGCAGACUAGAUCAAGUUUCACCCAUUAUCUAUUUACCUUUGCAUUUUGAUAACACUGAUGGUUGGCUUUAUUGUUGCUGGGCGUUUUUAAAGCAUUUUCUUAAUUUAAAUAUAUGUUGAGCUGUAGUUUCUUAUCCAAAGUUUAUAUUCAUUUCACCUGAACUGCAAUAAAUAUUGAUAUUAUGGAUAUGAGCCAGUUAAAGUACUUUGCCACCUCAGUAGGAAAGAGCUAUGCAUGAGCUUAGUUCUCCCACUAAAAUGGGAUGCAUAAAUUAACUUUGGCUAGAUGAUACUGUAUAUUUUAGCAAUAUUUAACAGCAGAUUGAUGUGUUAAUUAUUUUUCUUCUACAUGCUCAUUUUAUAACAGCCCAGGCCCAAUGCAGACCCAGUUUAAUCUUGGAUUCCAAAAACUAGGUAUGGUCCCCCCAACCCCAUGUUUCUGUUUACUAGGAUUGUGUGAAUGGUACCUCGUUAGGUCCACAGAGGACUUCUACAAAUAAAUGUGCAAUAUUGCAGGUUAAGCCACAAUUUCCAUUCCAUUGAUGCAGAAAUGUGUGUAAUUUCUGAAGAGGAACACAUGUGCCUAGGCCAUCCUAGAAAGUGCUAGCUGCAGCCUAAAAACAGUGUUUUGUUUCACCUGUGUUAUAUUUCACAAUUGGCUUUGUCCAUACACAUCAUGGCCCAAUUCUAAUUUUACAGAGGUUUGGUUUGUAUCUAACAAUUUUGGUCCAGUAAGCUAUGGUUUCUCAGAUCAAGAAUGAGCAUUAUGACUAAGCUUACCCUCCUCCUUUACUUCCCAUGCACAUUUAUAUAAUAUUUUCCUGCUUAAACUACAGUUUUGUAUUAUGCUUGAACUGCUGAGUAACUAUGGAUUGAGCUCUGACUACAGUCUUGCUUUGCAAAGCAAGAUCAAACUGGAGAAGAAGCAUGAAGGUGCAAUCCUGAUUCUUGGUUUGAAAAAACAUGGCUUGUUGACUCAACGUUGUUAUUACUUAAAUAUGCUGUACUUUAAUUGUGGAGAGGAAUGUACAUCAGAAAGCUUAUCCUGAUUAAUGCAAUCCUGAUAGACAUCUAUACUCAGAUAUAAAUGUUGAUGUACAUUCAGCCUCAUGUUUCUUUCUCUACCUAAUUUAUACAUUAGUUUGCACAUGCUGAUGCUUUUUGGCCUCAAGUUGAAAGUAGAACUAAACCUAAUUCAACCGAACGUAAGGAAGGUUCAAUAUAAUGGCCUGUACUGGAAAUGCAACAUUGCAGACCAUAUCAACAUCCUUGUGUUAAAAAUGCUUAAUGAUGAUUGGAUGUUAUGCUGAGCUCUGUUAAAGAGGAGUAGUAGACAUGUUCACAUUAAUUAGAGGGCAGGAAGCAUCAAGUAUUCAAUCUUAUAACCUAUUCCUGAUAGCUUGAGCAAAAUUAAGGAUUAAGAUUAUGAUAUAUCAUGCCCACACUCAUUUAACUGUAGACAUCUCUGGAAGCCAAUCUUCUGGUUGUGUUUUGUCUGUUCCUCACUCCUAUCCGGGGAUCCUGGUGAAUUGUAUAUCUUGAAAUACUGCACAAGCAAAUUUUUCUCAUUUGCUUCAGUGAAAAAUGUGUUCUGCACAGAUGGUUGUGUUCGUGCAGCUGCCGCUUCUAGCAAAGUCAAUGGUGAAAUCUUUCUGGGUCAGGAGAUCUCUCUAUGUAAAUAAGAGCCCCUGCAGCAACUUCCUUGUUCUGAACAACUCUCUUUUAUGUAAACCCUCCAACUAAUGCACAAUGCAAUGGAGGUAAUUAGAGUCAAUUAGUAAGACUCUUUGAUUCAGUUAUUGAUUCUGCCAUUAGUGUAGUUAUAACCAAAUCAUAUAAAUUGUCUGUGCCUUAGCUUUCCAAUUACAAAACAGGAAUAAACAUUCAUCACCCUUGCCAAGCAAGUUAGUUAUCCUUGAUUGUUUAAGUGCUCGAAAUAAGUGCAAAAUACUGUUUAAUCACAAAAUAGAACUGUUCCUUCUAAAUCUUCCAUGUUUUGCCUUUAGAAUGUGGCACUGCUUUUAAAAUUGGCUGAGGUGCAAAUAAACAUCCUUUCAGGCCAUAACAAAUAUUUAUUUACUAUAUUACAUAUCUCAAUCAGUUUCUCAUCUCCUAAACCAUGGGUCCUCAAACUAAGGCCCACAGGCCAGAUCCGGCCCGCCAUGCCCUUUUAACUGGCCUGCCCCACAGGUUUUGCACUCGCUGUGCACACACACAGCUUGCUCGCAAGGAGGUCGUUUUGGACUCGCUCAGAAACAAUCUCCUCGCGACCAAGCCUGAGCCUCACCCCACACACCCCCCAUCUGCCCCUCACCUCACAUGCAUGUGUGUGCAUGCACGCCCCGCCCCACACCAGUCCGCGCCUCCCCACCAGCACUGACUUGGCGGCCCACAGCCACCACUGGCACCUGUCAACUGACCCCCUGUUAAAAUAGUUUGAGGACCCCUGUCCUAAACAGUUUUACAAAGUGAAAAAAAAAGAUACUAAAAAUUAUGUUGGUGCAGAGAGCUGGGAAUAGACAUGCAAAUUGGAAAUUUAGUUACUAGAAAUUAUUCUUAUUCCAGAUUGAUGAUUACAUUGUAGCUAAUACAGUUGCAAAAUUAAAUCACUAGUUUAUUUUUAAAGAUGCACUUUCCUCAGUUAAUUAUUAAAAAUGUAAUGCUUCUGUUUAUCUAAUUGCAUAUGUAAAGUGGAGCUAUUUCUCCUUUAAAAUAAAAACACAACACAUAAAUGUUUCCUUCUAGAUGUUUUCUGUCUGCACUCAGCAUAUUCCAACUGCUAGUCAGAAACUCAUUAACUGGGAUUUUGUAUCAGUUCUCUGAUACACAUUUUGGUGGACUUUUGACUUCACUUUUCACCCUCUACCUAACUUCUACAAUAGUUUGCACAUUCACCCACUUUUUCUCCUGAAGUUGAAAGUAGCAGUAGAUCUGAUUCAAUUGAAUAUAAGAAAGGUUCAAGUUUGUUGUCUGCACCAGUGAAUUGUGUUAGAAAUGGAACACUGCGGGUUAGCUCUGCAUAUUUAUGUUAACAACACAUAAAGGCUGGAUGUAAUACUGAACUAAUACUUAGAGGGAGGUGGCAGGAAUCUGCACAUAGUAACACACAUGAAGUUAGAGGGGAGGAAGCAUAGAGUAUCCACUUCUUUAAAACUGCUCCUGAUCUCUUUAGGCAAAAUUAAGGGCCAGUAUCAUGAUGGAUAAG